GCAUACUGGAUUAAAAAGCGUUACAAUGAUGUUUCAAAAACCAACCCAUUCAAGUUCUCGGUAUACAAAAAUCUCAAUUUUCCUUCCUAAACAGCCGUUUUCCUUCAUUUUCUGGGAAAAAAACAGUUUUCUGUGGGGAGUAGGUUACAGGUCUGUUUUUUCUGAGGUCUCUUUCAUGCGGUGGAGGGCUCUGAACGUGGUUAACAGGGGUAGUUGAAUUUUACAACCAAACGGGUCCUUUUUUGGAAGAUGGUCACCAGCUGUUGAAGAAGAAGAAGACUUUGUUUGGUUCCAUUAAGGUCUGUAAAUCUUCUCUAAGCCAAUGAAUUGUAGGCGUGGAAGAAGGGAAAGAGGGGUCUUUUAGAGUUUUAUUGCUUUACCAUGAAUUCACGAGGUGGUGGAUGUUGAAACUUGAAUGCCCGAUUCCGUACGCAAACGGUGACGUUUUGUUUUGUAGAAGGUGGAAACCAGAAGAACAACUCUCCUCGGCGUUCUUUUCUUCUUCUUCUUUGUUUCUCCUGUUUGGGUGUCGUGAAAAUUGAUGAAAAUGGCGGAGAAUCCAAAGUUGGUGAGCGCGUUCUUUGUGGGUUUGGUUCCGUUUUACUACUAAAUUCAGGGUUAUCUACUUCCAACUCUUCCUCGGAGGAUUGUGGGAUGAAAGAGAAGGAGACCCAGAAGAUACUGGUUUCCGAUCAAGUCAAUGGAUUUCAGUACAAAACGGAAAAAUCCGAUAGCUUUGUUGUCGAUAUGGAAGGCUUCCCUAAUGGCGUCAAUAAAGAUACAACCGCAAAUUCAAGAAUCACAUUGCAGAGAAGCCUCUCACGAAAAGGGUCGCAGCGCGGCGGCGAGAAGAAGCCCAACUCUGUCGCUUCCAUCGACGCAGAUGCAGUUCUGGCCACUUCGUCACCAAGAGCUGCUUUAGCUGGGGGCAGCACGCUGGAAAAGCCAGUCGCAGUGGUGGUGGCAGCAGCAGCAGCAGGAGGGACCAUAGAUCAUCACCCGGUGGGGUCACAAGUGCAUCAUCACAUAGCCAUCACGGCAGGCAACAUCAGCACCAUUACUGAAAGCAGGUUCAUCAGUAGGAGAUACAGUUUCAGGCGGGCUUCUCCUUCCUGGCUCAUUGAUCCCAGGAGGAUCCUUUUCUUCUUUGCCACCUUGUCAAGCAUGGGGACAAUAUUGCUGAUAUACUUCACCCUUUCAAUCAAAAGGCUUGGUGGGGAUGAUACUGAGCUCGAUUGGCAGCAGUGACAAGCCACACCACCUCCUUAGAAGAACAAAAUAAUUUGAUGAUAUCCCAUAGUUAGGAGUAGAAUGUAGAACAGAUACAGACAUGGAUGUAUAACUAGUUUGACUGUGAGCGAAUUCGCUUUCUUUUGAGGAGUUUUGCUGCAAGACGGUGAACAAGAAGCAAGAGGGUAAAGGGGGAUGGAAAAGAGACAAAAAGGAGGUAACCAAACCUCCAUUAACAUGGAUUUCAGACUCAGCAGCUCACUUUUUUCAGUGUGACAGAGAAUGACGGACAACUGCAGUGUGACAGAGAAUCUUCAGUAUUUUUUUUUUUUUUCGAAAUCCCGUGUAUGGAUGGAAACCGGGAGAGACCGAAACACAUGAUAUUGUGUUUCCCCUUUUGUUUCACUGUGAUAAUGGGUUUCUGCGGUCUGCGGCCCUUUUUCCUUCAUGUCUGAUGCUGUCUAUUCUGUUGGCUCUUUUGGCAAUCCAACAUCAAUUGUCUC